UGAAAGGUUGUUUCCGGAAAUGAUUAGCUGGCAGACAUCCCCAAUCUAGUCCACAAGCUGGAGAAGAAAAGUAUGAAAUGAAACAGGCGAAUAUCACUCAUGCUUCACGACAUCAAGAGACAUGUUAACAUGAAGUUGUCACCAAAAGUAAUCACAGGAGCUCUCCACGCUCAGAACAAAGGCGCUUCGGACUGGGGCUGGCAAGGGUUGCUGUCCUAUGGAUGCCACGGGUUUGUUGUGGUUGUUGACCCCAAAACAAUUCAGGUGUUACAGGUGCUUGCUAAACAUAAAGGAAAUGUUGUCAAGGUGAAGUGGGCAAAGGAAAACUAUCACCACGAUUUGGGCAAUCCUUACUCCCUUCGACUGGCCUCCUGGGACUCCAACGGGGUAAUUAUAGUGUGGGACGUGUCGGCGGGAGUGGCUAAAGCUGAGUUCUCGGAAGGAACAAAACCAAUACAAGACUUGGAGUGGUUGACCUAUCAGGAUGCCUCCCAUGACCUUUUGGUGGCUCUUCAUCCUCCGUAUUCUCUGGUUCUCUGGAACGCGGACACGGGAACCAAACUCUGGAAGAAGUCCUACACCGAGCCUCUUCUCUCGUUCUCCUUUGAUCCUUUCAACUCCAAAAAUGUUGCAUUCCUUGGUUCAGAUUGCAUUGUGUUCAUCGAUGACUUCUCGGUCACCAAGACCCCCUCCAGCAAUGGCAAAAAGUUCUUCAUUUCUAGUCCCUCCAGUUCAGCAACAAACUUAAAAACAGAUGGAUCUACUAGUAGCAUUGAAAAAAAGGCUGCAUCUAAAAACCUGGCAGAGAGAAUGAGUAAAAUUCUGGUAGGAGAGGGAACCAGUAAAAAGAGCACUAAGGAAGACUCCGACCAGGUGAUGCUGAACGACUGUAUCCAGCUGUUGUACCACCAGUCCUGUCGCCACCACCUAGUGCUAGUGUACACCAGGGAGAUACUAAUCCUGGACCUGGAGAUUAACCAGACCGUGGGGAUUAUCCCCAUAGAGAGGGCCGGCUCACCCUUUGUGCAGGUUGUAUCCUUCAGACAGCGAGAUGUCUUGUUGUGUCUGCAUGAGAAUGGGAGUGUGUCGGCCAGGAUCCGUAGAAAGACCAACGCCAUCACAACCCCAGCCUCGGAGGGACAUGGGGCAUUUGAUGAUUCCCCGCCCCCUAUUUCCAUGGAUGUGACCUAUGACCUCAGAUGUCAGUCAGACGGAAUGAGGGUGACGCGACACAGCCGAGUAUCCAGCAUGGCUUGUUGUCCCGUGUCAGAGAAAUCUGUGGGGUUGGUGGUGACGGACAGCCGCAUUGUAUUCUGGGAUAUGAUGCUUCUGAGCGGCGGAAUUGACUCUGAGCCAGGACCAGCUUCUGAUAAGAAAUUAAAGUUCCCCGUGGUGUCUGAUGUUCCUCCUCCCAAAAUCUCACUCUCUGAUAUGAUUGGUCAACUGCCUGUGGUAAAUCCAGACCACCCCUCAGUGCUGAAAGGUCGUGCGGCGGCCCUGAAGUUUGUGAUCACUGGUCUCCUGAACGGAGUGGUGUCCCCUGUUACUUGUCUACGCAUGUGUCCCCCACUCACCACUAAGAACUGGAGUGUGUACGAACCACUCAUUGCUGUCGGUAGUUCUACAGGAGUUGUACAGAUCAUCAACAUUUCGAGUGGGCUGAUUGUAAAGGAGUACAGUGUUCACACAGGGACUGUCAGAGGGAUAGAGUGGUGCAGUCUGAAGUCCUUCCUGUCCUACUCCUACCCAUCAGCAGGGACCAGUGGUCUGGUCAAGAACGAUCUCAUGUAUGUCGACCUGUCUACCGGAAAAGUGAAGCCAGUGAGGGCCAAUAGAGACCAGGAGUCCCCCAUAGAAAUUCUGAGGGUGUCCUGUCUCAAACAGUACUUUAUAGUGGGCUUCAAGGACAAGCCCUUGGAACUGUGGGACCUCCAGACACUGACCAUGCUGAGGGAGACAGGGAAGUCCCUGCCCCACCCCACAGCUCUGGAGUGGUCCCCCUCACACAGCCUGAAGUCCCUGAAGAAAAAGAUGAUGAGUCACACGAGUGAGAAAGAAGGAGGUCAGCAGGCGUCGACAGGGGUGGGCGGAGACUCGAUGGGCGUGUCCACUACGUCACUCACAGAGCCCAGUGAGAGUGAGUCCAAAGUGAACCAGAAGAUGAUGGUCAAGGAACACUUUGUGUACACUGACCCCGAGGGCACACUCUAUCACUUCGUGGUGGAGGGCUCAGGAUUCUCUGACGCCAGUCGCGUUCCUCCUGAGUCUGGAAUGGGGACCAUUACAUGGAUUGCCUGGAAAGGAGACUUCAUUUUAUUCGGUGAUGGUGAGGGACAGUUAUCUGUCUGGGAUCUUAAAAACAAAACGCAGAGGACUAUGGCCACAAGGCGUGGUUGGAUCAAGAAGAUCCGCUUCGCCCCGGGGCGAGGCAAUAUGAAGUUCUUUAUCUUGUACAUAGAUGGAUUUGAUAUCUGGGACUUAAAAGAUGGAAAGGCUGAGCUACUGAGUUCCAUGAAGAGUCCACGUGACGUUGCCAAGGUGGUGGAUGCAGAUUGGACUGGAUCUGACCGGCCGGUACUGGCCACCGCGGAGGGCUGUAUACAGGUGUUUGACCUGACCCUCAAGUCGUGCUCCUGUACUAUAGAGGACCGCGAGUUUCCAGAUGAAGUAGCCAAUCCCUACAUUCUGUCCCCCAAGGGGUCACUGAUGAUGAAGUAUCACCUCCAGAACCAGCCCUGGAAUCAAGAGUACUCCCCCAAACUGGAGGGGCUGAGAGAGGAGGAACAGAAUCUCCAGACAACACUCAACAGACAGAUAGAUCUCCUGGACAGUGAUAUUUUGGAUUACCUUCCAUGCUGCAGAUUUGGAGUAGCAGAAAGAUGUGUAAUGCUUGCCAAGUUAUUUGGGGAUGAAUCAGAUUUCUUGUUUUGGACUGUGGCCUUGUAUUAUCUAAGAGCAGUCAAAUGGAGCCCAAAAUCUCAGGGAGACAAGGAUUUACUGCUGGGACCAGAGAAGGACAAGUUUGUCCCUCCCACACCCUCCUACAAGGAGACCAAUGACCUUGUGAUGCUUGACAGUCCCGACGAGGGGGAGGGGUCAGAGCAGGGGGCGUGGUCCCUCCUAGACUUGCCAUUGGAGAGAUACUUUGACACAAUUUGUGACAAUGACAGCUUUAAGCUGUAUCAGUUGGACCGUGUAGCUCUUCAUGACAGUAAAAGGGUAACAUAUGAACACACCAAGAAAUGUGCUGAGAAUUACAUCAUGUUACGCGAGACGGACCGAGCUGUACAGUUACUGCUGGAGACAGAGCCCGAGAAUGACACUUACUACACCGACUGUCUCAGAGCUUGCCUGGUGGCCAGCAUUAGAUCUUCUGGUGUCUCACAAAGCACUAUUAAACUGGUGGCCACCAACUUGAUUGCUAACGGAAAAAUCAAGGAGGGGGUACAGCUGCUUUGCCUGAUUGACAAAGGAAUGGACGCCUGUCGAUAUCUCCAGACCUAUGGGGCAUGGGACCAGGCCGUCUGGCUGGCUAAGGCUACUCUAACUGAAACUGACUGCUGUGAGGUGAUGAAAAGAUGGGUGGAUCACUUAUGUGGAACACAGGUCAACCAAAAAAGCAAGGCCCUGCUAGUGAUGCUGUCUCUGGGCCAGUUUUCUAAGGUUCUGGAGAUGUUGUAUGGAAUGCGUCAGUUUAACAGGGCAGCCUGCUUCACUGCAGCACUGGGGGAAUUUGGACUCUUGGACCAAAGCCCAGAUAAUGUGUCACUGGUGGAGGCCGUUUACCUGGAAUACGCCCGUCUACUGGCCAACCUAGGACUGAGGGCACCUGCCGAGUUCUACUGCCAGAAAGCCGGCGAUAAGGGGAGGCAAUUCAAAGAGGAAGUCCGCAUUCUCUUUACCUGAAUAAUUAUCAUAUCUGUGACUGAUUGGAAAGACAUGAUGUGUAUGAGUUUUCACAGAAGGAGAGUGAAUGAAAUGAGUGUACAUGUGUUGACUGACAGAGAUGGAGAGAAUACUCUGUAAAGUGCAAACUGUAAGUGAUGAAGAAGUGAAAUGAUGGGAUUUUAUUUAUGGUACAUGUAAAUCACUUUCUUGCUAUGAACUUUAAUUGCAGAUAACACAUUGUUAUGGUAUAUUUGAUUUACUUGUAUUUUAAAUUUAUGAAUUUAUAGUUAUACGUUUAUUUACUUGAUCAUUUACGUAAUGUUAUUUAUUCAUUUUCAUUACCAUUUCUGUUUAAAUUAUUAUUUGAAAUAAAUGAUAUUAGUGGCUAUCUUAAAUUACUGAUAUCAUUGUAUUGCUAAUGAUUUUGUAAGUUAAUAUACCUGGUUAUAAUAUAUUAUAGAAACUGUAAGAAUACUAUAUUUCUUUUGUUUUGUUUAGUUACAUCUAACUUACUAAAGACCAGGGGAGGGCUUAAUUAUCAAUGUAUUUAGUCAACAUGAUGAAAAAGCCGAUAUUUGAAUAUACAUGUAUAAGGUUAAUAUUAUAGGAAAUUUUUUUGAAAUACAAGUUUGUAAAAUGCUGCGUACUUCCUGAACUAAAAACAAUGCAGUGUGAAACAUAGGUUCCAUCAUAAAUUCCAGUUAAUUACUUGUAAUUCUACAUGUAGUAAAGUAUUAUCUAUUUCAAUUAAUUGUUACAGGUAAGAUAAUCUACUCGGUUAGACUGCAAUGUUCUUGGUUAUGUUAAUUGCAACAUGCUUAAGAGAUUGCGAAAAUCUGAUGCUAUGAUAAUUCAUAAAACUGAUCUGAAAUGUAUUCCAUGUACAUGUUUAGAAUAAUGUGUUAACUUCAUGUAAUAUACCAUCAAUAUUCAUUCUGUAGAUUUAUCAUGUAUGUUUUUGUUAUUUCAUUCAAAUAAAGAGUAGGGGAAAGUUUGGGUAUAAACUAAGUCAUGUGUCAUAAUGACGAAAAUUCUAAACUAAAAUGUAAUGACGUAAAAAUGAACACUACAU